ACUUGACUUUAUGGAUCUUAAGCAGCUUCAAAUGCAGGAAUCUACUAAUAUAAUUGACCUGGAAUCUGACUCUGAUUCAGACUCUAGCGGAGCUUCUCUGGAAACCACAUCUACCUGGCCAGCUCUACCCUGUGUGGAACGCUUUGGUGGCUCUCCUCGCUCAGAUGUGCAAUGGGACAACCAGAGCCAGAUAUGCGAGGUGGGCAGCCUGGAAGAUGCAGAAGGCCUGGAAGAGGUGGGACCCUUUGAAGUGGAGGAACCCCCAGAAGAUUCAGAUGGCCUGGAAGGAGUGGAACCCCUGGAAAUGGUGGCACCCCCAGAGGAUGUGCAACUGGAGGAAGAAGUUGAAACACAGGAAGAGGUAUUAAAACCAGGACCGUUCGCAUGGGUGAUAGUGCUGAGCCAUCUCCUGACCCAAUUUAUACUUUUCUCCUUGGCCUUCACAGUGUAUAAGCUGGUACUAAUGGAGCAGCUGAAGGAACACAUUGAGCAGCUGCAGGAUGACUGCACACAACAGCAGGAUGCGCCAGAUGAAAAGGUGGAGCAGAAGGAGCAGCUGGACACCACAUGGGAAUUGGGGUCCCAGGUCAGAGACCAUCUCACAGAGGAGCAGCCAAACUCCUCAUCCAGUGACAAGAGCCCUGAGCUCCCGAAGUUGGAGCCGGUGCCCAGGAAAUCGCGACUUGGGAAAACAAAGAAGAGCUUCUCUGGUGUCUGGGUGGCCAAGCGUUUCCGUGCCUCUUCACCUCAUGGCCCGAGGUCUCCCCAAGAGUCUGAGGAGUCUGAGGAGGCUUGCAAGCUCUCCACUGAGCAGCUGCCAGCUCUUGAGGGGGGACCCCAGCGCCCUCCCAGUCCAGAGACAUCCCAAAACCCUGCUGAGCUGCCUGAGGAGCUGGACAAGCCAGCAUACAUGGAGGAGGAGGAGGAGGAGGGCCAGCCCCCUGCUGAGCCGUGAGAGCCAGGGGAGAGGCUGCGACCAGGAGACUUCAGACGUCUAUGUCCCCUGGAGCCCUUGUGGGGGGAGAGGGUAACUUCUGUUUUCUGGCAAGUUCUUUUUCUGUUAUUAGUUGAGCGGGGUCAGUUUGUUAGCAGAGACCCCUUCUACGGGGCUGAGUGGGUUGCGGGGUCCCAUGUCCCCAGGCGGCUGCUGCGCAGUGUUUUCGUGCGCCCUAUUUUCCCGCCUGCUGAGACACUCUUUGGGCUACGGCCACGGCAUUCCCAGGGGGCUCCUUGUUGAGCAGAGCCAUGUGGCCUUCACAUUGUUGUUGGGGAACCCCCGGAAGACACCCGGGGGCAGGGGAGGGAAACAUGAAAUGGGUCAGCAGAGAAAAGCAGUUUCACUCAAUAAACUUUGUUGCUUGCUGCAAA